GGACUUACAAACAUACAAUACUCCAUUCACUGCAAAACGGAAUGCAACAGAGUGUAUUUUAAUUGUAAUUGUGACAGCGAAGCAGAAAGUUUGCAAUUUACCGGUCCGCGUGGGAGCGUGUUAUAGGCACGUGGUCGUCUCUACAAAUCACAUGGCGCGAAUUCUGGUCGGAUGGUGGAACAGGUGGUGAUUGCUUCUGGUGGUUGGAUGUGAUGCUGUUACUUGGAGGUCUCAGAAGUGCAAUACCAAGAUGGAAGAACCAGAACUACAUUCGCUACUUCACAAACGUUUUAUUUGUUAGCCAAGGGAUCGUGUUCCUUCUGCAAUUGGAGCAUUCGCUGAACACCUACAGAGUUGACCUGCCCGUGAAAAUGUGGGAAAUCAUGAAAUUCGCAACCUGGUUUAGCGCUGCAAUGAAGAUGUUUCUGAGCGCAUUGCUCCAUGAACGGAUCACAGUUGUGCGGCAAUUCAUCAUCAGUGAUCGUGUCAACUCUGGUGACAAAGUCUUUGACGACUAUGAGUAUCAUAAAUUCAAUCGAUACGUUAGGUUAAUGAUUGCACUGCUUUCAGGUUUUAUUGUCGUGGAUAGCGUGUUACUUGCAGUGCCAAACUCAUCUAUGCAAAAUGCAUUUUUAUUGCCACCUCAAUUGAAGAGAACAGGGAAAAUAAUAUCAGGCAUAAUCCACUGCUUUGCCGUGAAUUUUCUUUCAUUUGGAGUUCAUCCUAGAUUUUUCUCUAACUUGACAUGUGCCGCUACUUUGCUGUUAGGAGUGCGUGCUAAACUAAGAAUGUUGACCCACCGUUUCACAAAACUGAUAGCUUUGUCUGAUUUGAGUUCGGACAAUUAUUUUGAUUGCAUGUCACGAGAGCUAAGGGAGGUCCUGCUCCAGCAAACGGAAUAUUGGAGAUUUUUGGGAAUUCUAAAGAGAUUGAUUGCAGAAGUGUUUGUUCUGGUCCAUUAUUUCUCUAUUCUCAGCAUUGGAGCUUUCUUCUUCAUCACCACUGAUACAGGAAUUAGCUUUAUGUCAGCAGCGAUAACAUCGGCAGCUGCAUAUUUGUUACUGGAGUACUAUUUGCUGUGUCGCUUGGUUGAUUCACUUCAGGAAGAAGCCGACGCAAUGGUCAGUGUCAUUUUUGAGCUAUGUGCUAGAAUGCCAUACAGCAGCGAACAUCACUCAAAGUAUAUCGAAUUUAGGACUUCAUUUAUGAUUAUAUGGAUCAAUGCACGACGAGGAAUGCUGAUGAACUGUUUUGGACUGUUUGAAAUUUCAACUCUGGCGUUCGUUGGGCUGCUAAACACCGCAUACACGGUGUUGGCUUUUCUAAUCAGCGUUGGUUGACGGAAGUCAAGAAAACACUGAGCCGGAUGGUUAUGCGCUUACCCAGAGGGGGCAAGGGAGGUCCGUCGACACCCCCCCCCCUCCCAGUCAAUGAAAAAAAAAAACAAUAACCAACUGAUUGUGUAUCAAGUUUAAUUUAUAGUUUGUAGUUUUCUAAUAUUCUUUUCCGCUUUCAUAUUUAUAUAUCGUUGAUAAUCUUCUUGAUUAGUAAUUAAAGUCCAGAAGAAAUUCAGACUUCCGCUUAAGAUUUUUCCUGGAAUCAAUCCCUGGCCGUUGAAUUUAUUGAAACUAAUUAGGAGUCCAAUAAAGAUCGUACGAGAAUAAAUACAGAGAAAAAUCUUUUUGAUAAAUUUUCAAGUAGCUUAAUAAUAUUAU